CGCUGCGGAGGCAAGCGGCGGCGCGCGGACGGUUGGUCCGGCUCUCUGGCCUGGCUGCAGGCAAGUCUAGUUCGGCGCUGUCGGAUACUUGGGGUGAGCGGAAAGCAUGGCGGGGACCUCCGCGCAAGGCAGCAAGAGGCGGAGCGAGCCCCCGGCGCCUCGCCCCGGCCCGCCGCCGGGCACCGGGCACCCCCCGAGCAAGCGGGCCCGGGGCUUCUCCGCAGCCGCUGCCCCGGACCCUGACGACCCGUUCGGCGCGCAUGGGGACUUCACUGCCGACGACCUGGAGGAGCUUGACACCCUCGCGUCACAGGCCCUGAGCCAAUGUCCGGCCGCGGCUCGGGACGUGUCCAGUGAUCAUAAGGUCCACAGAUUAUUAGAUGGCAUGUCAAAAAAUCCUGCAGGGAAAAACAGAGAAACUGUUCCAAUUAAAGAUAAUUUUGAAUUAGAGGUACUUCAGGCACAAUACAAAGAACUUAAAGAAAAGAUGAAAUUAAUGGAAGAAGAAGUUCUCAUUAAGAAUGGAGAAAUUAAAAUUUUGCGAGACUCACUACAUCAGACGGAAUCCGUUCUAGAGGAACAGAGAAGAUCACAUUUUCUUCUUGAGCAAGAGAAAACCCAAGCACUCAGUGACAAGGAAAAGGAAUUCUCCAAAAAGCUCCAAUCAUUGCAGUCUGAACUCCAGUUUAAAGAUGCAGAGAUGAAUGAAUUAAGGACAAAGCUCCAGACCAGUGAACGAGCAAAUAAACUGGCUGCUCCCUCUGUUUCCCAUGUCAGUCCUAGGAAAAACCCUUCUGUGGUUAUAAAGCCAGAAGCAUGUUCUCCACAAUUUGGAAAAACAUCUUUUCCUACAAAGGAGUCUUUUAGUGCUAACAUGUCCCUUCCCCACUCCUGCCAGACGGAGUCAGGAUACAAGCCUCUGGUGGGCAGAGAGGAUAGUAAGCCCCACAGUCUGAGAGGUGACUCCAUAAAACAAGAAGAGGCCCAGAAAAGCUUUGUUGACAGCUGGAGACAGAGAUCAAACACUCAAGGUUCCAUUUUGAUAAACCUGCUCCUGAAGCAGCCUUUGAUCCCAGGGUCAUCCCUAAGCCUUUGCCACCUCCUGAGUAGUAGUUCUGAGUCUCCUGCUGGCACCCCCCUGCAGCCACCAGGGUUUGGCAGUACCUUGGCUGGAAUGUCAGGCCUCAGGACCACAGGUUCUUAUGAUGGGUCAUUUUCCCUCUCAGCCCUGAGAGAAGCACAGAACCUGGCAUUCACUGGACUGAAUCUGGUUGCCAGGAAUGAGUGCUCACGUGAUGGAGACCCAGCAGAGGGAGGCAGAAGGGCCUUCCCACUCUGCCAGCUUCCUGGAGCCGUGCAUUUCCUCCCCCUUGUACAGUUCUUCAUCGGCUUACACUGCCAGGCCUUGCAGGACUUGGCAGCUGCUAAGAGAAGCGGAGCACCUGGGGACUCACCGACACAUUCCUCCUGCGUGAGCUCUGGGGUAGAGACCAACCCUGAGGACUCAGUGUGCAUCCUGGAAGGCUUCUCUGUGACUGCACUUAGCAUUCUUCAGCACCUGGUGUGCCACAGCGGAGCAGUCGUCUCCCUAUUACUGUCAGGAGUAGGGGCAGAUUCUGCUGCUGGGGAAGGAAACAGGAGCCUGGUUCACAGGCUUAGUGAUGGAGAUAUGACCUCAGCCCCAAGGGGGGUUGCUGAUGACCAAGGACAGCACCCACUGUUGAAGAUGCUUCUUCACCUGUUGGCUUUCUCUUCUGCAGCAACAGGACACCUUCAAGCCAGUGUCCUGACCCAGUGCCUUAAGGUUUUGGUGAAAUUAGCCGAAAACACUUCUUGUGAUUUCUUGCCCAGAGCCGCAAGACUGGGGAGAACUGUGAACACAACCAGCCCACCCCCUCAUCCAAUAAUCCAGUCUCCCUCUCAGCACUCUACCAAAGGGUUCCAGUGUGUGUUCCAAGUGCUGCCAAAGUGCCUCAGCCCAGAGACACCCCUGCCUAGCGUGCUGCUGGCUGUUGAGCUCCUCUCCCUGCUGGCGGACCACGACCAGCUGGCACCUCAGCUCUGUUCCCACUCGGAAGGCUGCCUCCUGCUGCUGCUGUACAUGUACAUCACAUCACGGCCUGACAGAGUGGCCUUGGAGACACAAUGGCUCCAGCUGGAACAAGAGGUGGUGUGGCUCCUGGCUAAGCUUGGUGUGCAGAGCCCCUUGCCCCCAGUCACUGGCUCCAACUGCCAGUGUAAUGUGGAGGUGGUCAGAGCGCUCACGGUGAUGUUGCACAGACAGUGGCUGACAGUGCGGAGGGCAGAGGGGCCCCCAAGGACCGAGCAGCAGAGGCGGACAGUGCGCUGUCUGCGGGACACGGUGCUGCUGCUGCACGGCCUAUCGCAGAAGGACAAGCUCUUCAUGAUGCACUGCGUGGAGGUCCUGCAUCAGUUUGACCAGGUGAUGCCGGGGGUCAGCAUGCUCAUCCGAGGACUUCCUGAUGUGACCGACUGUGAAGAGGCAGCCCUGGAUGACCUCUGUGCCGCGGAAACCGAUGUGGAAGACCCCGAGGUGGAGUGUGGCUGAGGCCCUGAGUGUCCAGCCACAUGGUGGCACCAGCACCACUCCUUUCCUUACCACAUCAACUGAUUAAAGCAGUGACCAGCAGGAACUGCCCAGAGAACUGG